AACCUCGACUGCCGGCCUGGCUUUGUUCAAGUUGAUAACACAAUAGCGGUGAGAAGCAGCCUACAACCAUCUGUCUAUGGUGGUUCUCAAAAUGUAUUAUCCAUCCUCAUCAGGAAGGAUCCAAAAACUGGAAAUUGGUGGAUGCAAGUUGGGAAUACAUCUAUAGGAUACUGGCCAGCUUCUUUGUUCAAUCGCAUAAAUAAUGCUGGUGCAACACAUGUUGGGUGGGGCGGUGAAAUAGUAAACCUGAGAUCCAAUGGGCAACACACCACAACAGGCAUGGGAAGUGGCUACUUCCCUCAAGAAGGUUAUGGCAAGGCUAGCUUUUUCAAGGAGCUUUCUAUUGUUGAUGCAAAUAAUAAUCUUGUCUCUCCUAAAUACCUUAACACUUACGUUUCCAAUCCCUAUUGCUACUCUUCUAAUGAUUGGGGUGUCUACUUCUUCUACGGCGGUCCUGGGAGAAACCAAUAUUGUCCUUAG